AUGCUGUUGAGGGCAGUAAUUGAUUUAGCGUGCUUCAUAGUUGUGUGGAGGCAGAGAGGUCAGAAUACAAGGAGAACGUGCUGCAGCUAUGCACUGCAACCCGUGUUGUAUGCCGUAUUCGGCAACACAUUUACGAUAAAUUACAUUAAGGCUGCUCAGCUGGCAUUGCACAUAACAAACUGCUUGCGAAGUGCAUCAGCGCGACGCACAAACCAAAUUAGCAAACGUUACUGUUACUGGAUUGUGUGUCGUCAGUGUUUUUCAAUAAGAGGUUGUCGAAGUUGCGUCGUUUUGGUGGCGAGUUUGGGGUUGCCGUGCGCACAGCGAGCAAUGGUGCGAAGAGCUAUCGUUAAGUCUGUCUUGUGCCAAUCAUCUUUCUACAUAUUAGACUACGGUGAAACUCACCUUUCUCUCUUAUGA